AUGAGUUCUAAAGGAAUUCCAGAAAAAUUAUUCGGUUCAUAUGUAUUUAUUUACGAUGGAAUAUACGAUUAAACAAAAUAAUUAAAAGGAGGCAUUCCUAAAUGGUUAAUUUAAAAUGGUGGAAAUAUUGCUAUUUUAUCAUUUUUAGAUCCUUUAGAAUUAGAAGUUUCAACGAAUCUUCCUCAAGAAUUUUUAGAUUCUUUAGCCCAAAUAUCAGUCUAAAGAAAGGACAACUUUUACGUAAUGCUUUCUAUUGGUGGUUGGGAUUUUUAAAAUAGAUUUUUAUAGGCAAAUCCAACAAAAGUAGCCCAAAAUGCAGCUUAUAUUGCCUAAAAAUACAAUAUAGGAAUUGAACUAGAUUCCGAAUCUGAUAAUACCAAAAAUUGGAUAAAUGAAUUUAUAUAGACCUUUAGAAAAAUAAUUCCUAAAAAUAAUAAUAAUUAAAUGUCCUCUGUAUUAACAAUUAAUACUGGGGCGUCUCCAGGAGCUUUCCCUAACGUAGAGUAAGCAGCUUUAGACAAUAUUGAAUUACUAAACUGGGUUAAUGUAAUGGUAUAUGACCCUGAAUAAUCCCCCGACAACAGAAUGUAUUGGAAUUAACAUAAACUUUAGGGAAAUUAAAUGACAGUAGCAAGAAAUUUGGUUAAUACUUGUGAAGAUUUAGCAAGUUUAGAGUAGACUCUACAAUAUAAAAAAAAUUAACAAGAUGUUAAAGGUAUACUUUUUUGGGCUGCACUUUCUCCAAAUACAUGUGAUUUAGCUUAGGAAGGAGCUUAAAAUUGUGGAACUAGUUGCAGAGAUUGUACUGGAGGGAUUGGAAGUAAAGGAAAUUGGCAAUGUAGGGCGAUCUAGGAGGCUUGUAAGAGUUUUGGGGUUUGUUGA